GUUAACUCUAAAAACAAGAUAUUCACGUGUACUGAAUGCGGUAAAGUGUUUAAUGCACACUACAACCUAACCAGACAUAUGCCUGUUCAUACCGGAGCCCGACCUUUCAUAUGUAAGGUAUGUGGUAAAGGUUUCCGACAGGCGAGUACUCUCUGUAGGCAUAAAAUAAUUCAUACACAAGAAAAGCCACAUAAGUGUGUCCAUUGCGGUAAAGCAUUUAACCGAAGCUCAACCCUAAACACACACAUCCGUAUACACGCCGGCUAUAAACCAUAUACUUGUGAAUAUUGUGGAAAAGGAUUUCAUCAAAAGGGUAAUUACAAGAACCAUAAGCUUACACAUAGCGGGGAAAAGGCAUAUAAAUGCGAUAUUUGUGGCAAAGCUUUUCAUCAGAUCUAUAAUCUUACAUUUCAUUUGCAUACUCACAACGACAAGAAACCAUAUCAGUGUACGAUAUGUGGUAAAGGAUUUUGCAGAAACUUUGAUCUCAAAAAACAUAUCAGAAAACUUCAUGACUCGGCUCAUGAAAAAUCUUCAAAAUCGUGUACUAAACUAAUUAGCAACGAAUCAAGUGAUACGACUAAUAACAACAAAGUUAGUUCAACUGUCACACGACUAUCAACAGGCAAUAGUAGACCUAAAUUACUGUUUAACUCAGGUAUGAGCGCAACAUUUGGUCGCAAUAUGUCCGCAACGUCUAACUCUGUCUAUCAUUCAAUCGGACACCUUGUCUAG